CUCGCGCUUCGACGGUAUUGAGACCAUGGACCCACCCCAGACAGGUGAUCCAACAACACCCAAGGCACCUCAACCGCUGGAUUUCUUACACACCACGCCAGAGCACAAUGAUCGAGAGCUAAGGCCUAGCGACCCCGAAUGUGUCUCGAAAUCCGACAUUUUCACAGUAUGCCAGACCUCAGAACAUGCAGCAAUCGACCUUGUUUGCCGAGUCGAGGAGCCUCAGUCAACGGAGGCAAUCGGAUACUACUGCGACUUCAAAUUUGACCUGAUCGAUUCACAGCCUGUACAAAUCUCCAAAUUAGAAGGUGUGACCGAGACCGAAGAGUGCAGCAGCAGCGCCAAGUCCCCUGUUGAGCCCAGCGAAGGCAGAUGUGAAGACACUAGUCCGGAGCGACUCAGGCGAGAAUUAAGAAAUCAAGUGGCAUUCCCUUCCGGUGAAGGGUACAAGGAUCCGCCCAAGAAGGAUCCAGAUAAGGUUGUAGGACAUGAAUUCAAUCCCAAUCGUGGUGAAGCGCCUGAGUACGUGAAGUCGCUUCCUAUCACCCCUGAGUUCGAAGACGGUUAUGGAGAACUGCCCACAAAAGACCCUGAUAAGGGUAUCAAUGUGAUGAAGUAUUCGGGCGAUGGCAGAUACGAGUCUAAGGUGACUCCAGAGGCCGAAAGUAUACGAAAUGUCAAGCUCCACAGUGAUAUCCUCGCGCUCAAUAUGCCGGAAGGCAUCUACAUCAUUUGCGGUGAUGAUAUCGCCCUGUUCGAAGCCAAACGCGAGUCUGAAUCCAGCAGGAAGUCAGAAAUAGCACGAGCCCUGGACUCAGCACAAGAGCACAGUGAGCAUAAAGAUAAAGAGCUAAGGCCUCCUGGCCUCAAUGAAGAGCUCAAUUGUUGUUGUUCUACAUUGUGUACCGAGUUCCGCCAUGAGGUUUCCAUGCUUAAGAUGGUAGAGGGCACUUACGUCGUUCAGGGUGACUUUGUGGUUCUCUUUGAAGAUGCAGAGCACGAGGUCCAGUUCAGAGGCGAGCCUAACCUGGUGCAAAUUGGCACUGAGCUCAAGGAUAAAGAGCUACGGCCUCUCAGCUUCAGCGGUGUGUUCGGAAAUUCCGACUCAGUGGAUGACUAUGCAUGCGAUUCUGGAUGUGAAUCCGACAUCGGCUUUGAUGCAGUACCCGAGGGCAUUGGGAUGAUUGAUCCCCCUGAAGUCAUUCUUACACACGAGUUGAAUCAUGAAGAACGAGAUUGUGAUUUGAUUGGCAAGCACGCUAUCAUACAUGGCAGAAUCGAUGCAGUGAAAAGCCCUACCUUCAAGAAUGCCGUUACUGCUAGUCCUGGUAUUAGAGCGCCCAAGCAUGCGAAAGCCCCAUGUUUCCCUGGCGAUGGCUAUGAAUGCCGACCCGAGAAAGACCCCGACAAGGUCUCAAAUGCGAAUGAGUGUCCGGGCGAUGGCCUAGCCCGAGAACAAGAGUCUGAGGAGACUCCAGAGGCCGAACGUUCGCGAGGUGUUGAGUCCCAUGGUGACACCUUCACGCUUGAGGGAGCUGAUGGGACCAUUCGAGUACUGGUCUUGGAUUGUGAGUCUGGGCCCAAGCGUGGGAUCAAUUGCAUGUCGAAUGCGGAGUCUUGGGCCGAAGUAAGCGAAAUCAGCAAUGGCCCAUACAAGUCGGCGAUGGGAGUGAAAAUGAGGCUUACCAUUGUGCCUAAACCUCUCGUUCGACCUGUAGUUCUCCCAGAUGUAAUGGCCACAACGGCACGGAGAUGCAUGCAAGUUCAUGGCAGAAUGAUAAAGAUUGAUGCCAAUUGCUGGCUCGAGGGUGAGAUGAACGCGAUCUCCCAUGUUCCAGGACGUCUUGAUCACCAGAGUGAAGCUGCAACGACAACAGAAGGGAUCAUAGAAAGUCUAGAGUGCUGA